AUGUGCGUGCCGUCGUGUAACGUAACUUUGUUACAGAACGGCACGUACCUGAGGAACGGGCCAGGGGUGUGGGAGGUAGGCGACGGCAGCGCGCUCGGCCACCUCUUCGAUGGGUACGCCACGCUCGUCCGCGUCUCCUUCCGGCGAGGGCGCGCCGCCGGCGCGCACCGGCAGCUCGAGUCGGACGCCUACAGGGCCGCCAAGGAGCGCGGGCGCCCGCUCCUGCGCGAGUUUGCCCACUGCCCCACCAAGCCGGCAAGCCUGGUGGAUCGGGCGAGGGGCGUCGUCGGGCUCGUCACCGGCAGGGCGCUUUCGGACAACGCCAACGUCGCCGUGCUUCCGCUCGGGGACGGCAGGGUGAUGUGCCUCACCGAGACCACCAGGAGCUCCGCCCUGAUCGACCCGUGCACGCUCGCCACGAUCGGGAAGUUCCGGUACGCGGACGCGUUGGGUGGCGUGAUACAGGCGGGGCACCCGGUCGUGACCGGCUCCGAGUUCUGGACGCUGCUCCCUGACCUUGUCCGGCCAGGCCACCGUCUCGUGAGGAUGGCGGCCGGGAGCAGCGAGAGGAAUGUGGUAGGACGAGUGGAUUGCCGAGGAGGGCCCACGCCGCGGUGGCUGCACUCGUUCGCCGUCACGGAGAACUACGUCGUCGUGCUGGAGAUGCCGCUCCGGUACUCGAUCAGCAGCAUGCUCAAGUCCGAGCUUGCACAGUUCUACCUCUUCGACUGGCUCCCAGCGUCCGGUAGCUACAUGCACGUCGUACGCAAGUCGACCGGGAAGACGGUGGCUAGCGUCGAGGUGCCGCCUUUCAUGGCACUCCACUUCAUCAACGCGUAUGAGGAGGAAGGCGAGGACGGGCAGGCUGCCGCGGUCAUCGCCGACUGCUGCGAGUACUACGCUGAUCCAGCAGUCCUUGAUGCACUUGCUCUCCACAGGCUGCGAUCGCCCAGGAACAGUGACGCGUUUCCUGAUGGAAGGGUUGGCAGGUUCAGGAUACCGCUGGACGGGAGCCCCUUCGGCGAGCUGGAGGCGGCGCUGGACCCCGACGAGCACGGCCGGGGGAUGGAUAUGUGCAGCAUCAACCCGGCCUACCUCGGCAAGGAGUACCGCUACGCCUACGGCUGCAGCGCGCGCUGGCCAUGCAACUUCCUUAACGCCCUCGCCAAGAUCGACCUGGUGAAGAAGACGGCCAAGAACUGGCACGACGAGGAUGGCGCCGCCGCGCCGUCGGAGCCCUUAUUCGUGGCGCGGCCGGGAGCGACCAGGGAAGAUGACGGUCAUCAGUUUAUCUGAACACACUAGACAGUUUGUUGUGUUCUCCUGAUCACCUCUCUCCUUAAUUUUUAAAACUAAAAUCAAUCUUGCUGGGCCGUCCGCUUCCCCAGACCCAGCUUAGUUAAUUAUUUGUUUUCUUAAAACGGGCUAAUUUUUUGUAUCUGGUUUGAUCCGGGUAGGAGUUGUCAUAUCUGUUGUGAGCGAUGUUCAUGGCGGUGGCUAUGUGCUAGUGCUGAACGGAAAGACGUUUGGAGAGGUUGCGCGGGUGAGGCUUCCGUAUGGCCUGCCAUACGGCUUCCACGGCUGCUGGAUCGCCGGGAAGAUCUGAAGGAUCAAGGAAUUAGUGCUCGUACAUCAACGCCAUGCAGAUCAAACUCAUCAGACUAUCUAUAUAAUUUUGUGAAGCCCACUCAUCAGCA